AUCGUGAAAGAGGUUCACCCACUCAACAGUUUAAGUAAUUUGCGUUGUUUUGGUCGUAGUCUGACAAAGAGAACUAGCAGACAGAGAAAGAAGGAAUCAAAAGAGAAUUUCACAUUUAGUGGAGCGGUAGCAUGACUGUUUUCAACAAAAAAAUACAUUUGGAAUAGUCUUUCACGUCGUCGUCAGCCAGCAAGGACUAUCGACAAUUGCUUCUGUGUUUAUGGGGGCGAAGUUCUCAAAGAAACGUCGGUGCGUUUCUUUCGGCCUGAAAUCGGGAAUUUUGUUCAUUUGUGUCCGAUUUGAAUGUUGGUCGGUCUGACACUGGGAGCCGCCAUGGCUGGUGCUGUCGGAUCCUUUAGUGUCAAUAUAAGAAUAUGAAGAUUAGCUAUUGGACCUGAUAUUGUUUUAUUUUGAGAAUCAUUCAACGUAAGCAGACUUGUCGUUCAUGCCAUUGUAUGUAGCCUAUUCCUCUUUACCGCGUUGUUUUUUUUAAUGGACUGGCAACUUUAAGAGGCCCAAUUUUAUAAGACACCUAGCUCAGGCCGUUAUUUUCUAGAAUGCCUUUAUAACGUUAGCCGAGGUAAGUGAAAGGAACAUACAAAAUAAAAGGGAUGACAGAUUAUUGCUGAAUGUGGCUGGACGACAGUUCGAGAAGAGACGCAGCUGACCGGUUCGAAAUUAGUUCGCUAGCUAGCUGGCUGGCUAGCUCGUGUUAGAACGAUAUAAGAAGAAGCAGACCUCUAUCGUGGAAUUGGCUACCAAUUUUCUUUUACAUUUUUAAAAAUUAAAAACAACGCAUUCUACAGAGGACAGUCGAAGACUAAUAGAACUGGAAAAGGUACGAUUCGACUGAAGACGAAGCAGGGAUAACUUGGAUUGGAAUAUGUCGGGUCGGCCCAGAACCACCUCCUUCGCAGAGAGCUGCAAAGCGGUGCCGCAGCCUUCAGCAUUUGGCAGUAUGAAAGUCAGCAGAGACAAAGAUGGCAGUAAGGUGACCACGGUGGUAGCGACCCCAGGCCAGGGCCCUGACCGGCCGCAGGAGGUCAGCUAUACAGACACGAAGGUCAUCGGCAACGGCUCGUUCGGCGUGGUCUACCAGGCUAAACUGUGUGACUCCGGGGAGCUAAUAGCCAUCAAGAAGGUUCUGCAGGACAAGAGGUUCAAGAACCGGGAGCUGCAGAUCAUGAGGAAACUGGACCACUGCAACAUAGUGCGUUUACGCUACUUCUUCUAUUCCAGUGGAGACAAGAAGGACGAGGUGUAUCUCAACCUGGUUCUGGACUACGUUCCUGAGACUGUGUACAGAGUUGCUAGACACUACAGCCGAGCCAAGCAGACCCUCCCCAUGGUCUAUGUGAAGAUGUACAUGUACCAGCUCUUCCGGAGCUUGGCCUACAUCCAUUCCUUUGGGAUCUGCCAUCGGGACAUCAAGCCCCAGAACCUGCUGCUGGACCCGGAGACAGCCGUGCUCAAGCUCUGUGACUUUGGCAGUGCGAAGCAGCUGGUCCGUGGUGAGCCCAAUGUGUCCUACAUCUGCUCACGGUACUACAGAGCCCCAGAGCUCAUCUUUGGGGCCACUGACUACACCUCCAGCAUAGAUGUAUGGUCCGCUGGCUGCGUUCUAGCAGAACUGUUGCUAGGGCAACCCAUUUUUCCCGGUGACAGUGGGGUGGAUCAGCUGGUGGAGAUCAUCAAGGUUCUCGGCACUCCCACUCGGGAGCAGAUCCGAGAGAUGAAUCCCAACUACACUGAGUUUAAGUUCCCUCAGAUCAAGGCACACCCAUGGACUAAGGUGAGUCAACAGCCUUGUGUGAUUGGCUCUCAGGUGUUCCGGCCGCGCACGCCCCCUGAGGCCAUCGCUCUGUGCUCGCGUCUGCUGGAGUACACGCCCACAGCGCGCUUCACGCCCCUGGAGGCCUGUGCCCACACCUUUUUCGACGAGCUCCGGGACCCCAACCUCAAGCUGCCCAACGGGCGCGAGAAGCCCCUGCUCUUCAACUUCUCCACACAGGAGUUGUCCAGUAACCCCUCCUUAGCCUCCAUCCUCAUCCCCGCCCACGCCCGGAAUCAGCCCGGGGCCUUCACUCCUACCAACGCCUCCGCACCCUCAGAUGCCAACAGCGGAGACCGUGGCCAUACCACCAACGCUGCCUCCGCCUCCAACGCCUCCACCUGAGACCUUCCUGACCCCGCUGCCCAUGCUCGAGCUCCUGGACAACAACAGUGGCAUGGCGGCACACCAACCAAUUAAUAAAGCUAGAAAACUGACGCCCGAAAAGAUGAACACAAGGAAAACUGAAUUGGAACUUCGUUAUUCCCCUACCACCUCCACCCUCUCCUCUCCCAUCGUUUUGAUGUUUGUUUAUUUAUUUGUAUAAAAAGGACAACCGUGAUACGUUCUCAGAGCUGCUCUUCAUCUUUCUGUACUUUGAAGAGGAGGGGACCGGGUGUGUUGAGUGUAGAGAUAAUGUAUAGCUAUAUAAGUAUACAAAAGUACUCUUGACGUGUUAGUUUCCAUGGACAAUCUUCUUUUUAUCAUAUGCUAGAUAAAGUCAUCCCAGUCUCUCUGUGUAGGAGAGGCCUCUACUUGCGUCCUGCAACAGCCUUACGUUCAGACUGUGGCCCCUCGGGGCCCCUGUCGAUCCCUUCCCACCCAUUCAUACAUAUACAUCUGAGGACCUUGAUGACGUCGCGACUUUUAAUGGUUGACCUCGAUAUCUGUGUCUGUGUUCAAUGUACACAUAAACAAUUGAUAUAUUGUAGAAUUGUGCCAGCUACUUUCUCUCCCACUUCAGAAAUCACACUCCUGCUAUGCAGCACCAUUUUUAGAUUCUGCUCGUAGGGCAACAGUUGUCUCGCAACUCCACACGUUUUUUGGGUACGUCCCCCCUUAGCUCCGAGAAACGGUGCAUAAAUGAGUUUUACUGCGUUUUUCUCCUAAGGGUUAUGCCAUACCGACAAAACUUUGCCAGAACAGACCUAAGAGCAAGAAAGAGAUUCUGUCUCGUGAUUUCAAUGAAGACCAGGACGUCUAUGUUACUUUUCCUGCUGCUUGUCAGAUAGACAUUAUGACUAGUAAAGCCUGGCAUUGUUCUGUUUCUUGUUAGUGGGUGGGUUUCGAGGACUGGCUAUGAAGGAUGCUUGGAUGCGGGUGUAUGAUUGCAUUUCCUCACAAUCUUUUGUUACCAUUCUGUGUCCGAAUGUUCCCUAUAAUUUAGUGCACUACUUUUGACCACAGUCCACAUACUAACGGAAAAAAGUAUUUGGUCCCCUGCUGAUUUUGUACGUUUGCCACUGACAAAGAACUUAUCAGUCUAUCGUUUUAAUGGUAGGUUUAUUUGAACAGUGAGAGAGAGAAUAACAACCAAAAAAUCCAGAAAAACGCAUGUCAAAAAAUGUUAUAAAUUGAUUUGCAUUUUAAUGAGGGAAAUAAGUAUUUGACCCCUCUGCAAAACAUGACUUAGUACUUGGUGGCAAAACCCUUGUUGGCAAUCACAGAGGUUCGACGUUUCUUGUAAUUGGCCACCAGGUUUGCACACAUCUCAGGAGGGAUUUUGUCCCACUCCUCUUUGCAGAUGUUCUCCAAGUCAUUAAGGUUUCGAGGCUGACGUUUGGCAACUCGAACCUUCAGCUCCCUCUACAGAUUUUCUAUGGGAUUAAGGUCUGGAGACUGGCUAGGCCACACCAGGACCUUAAUGUGCUUCUUCUUGAGCCACUCCUUUGUUGACUUGGCCGUGUGUUUUGGGUCAUUGUCAUGCUGGAAUACCCAUCCACGACCCAUUUCAAUGCCCUGGCUGAGGGAAAGAGGUUCUCACCCAAGACUGGACGGUACAUGGUCCCGUCCAUCGUCCCUUUGAUGCGGUGAAGUUGUCCUGUACACUUAACAGAAAAACACCCCCAAAACAUAAUGUUUCCACCUCCAUGUUUGACGGUGGGGAUGGUGUUCUUGGGGUCAUAGGCUGCAUUCCUCCUCCUCCAAACACAGCGAGUUGAGUUGAUGCCAAAGAGCUGCAUUUUGGUCUCAUCUGACCACAACACUUUCACCCAGUUGUCCUCUGAAUCAUUCAGAUGUUCAUUGGCAAACUUCAGAGGGGCAUGUAUAUGUGCUUUCUUGAGCAGGGGGACCUUGCAGGCGCUGCAGGAUUUCAGUCCUUCACGGGGUAGUGUGUUACCAAUUUGUUUUCUCGGUGACUAUGGUUCCAGCUGCCUUGAGAUCAUUGACAAGAUCCUCCCUUGUAGUUCUGGGCUGAUUCCUCACUGUUCUCAUGAUCAUUGCAACUCCACGAGGUGAGAUCUUGCAUGGAGUCCCAGGCCGAGGGAGAUUGACAGUUCUUUUGUGUUUCAUUUGCGAAUAAUCGCACCAACUGUUGUCACCUUCUCACCAAGCUGCUUGGUGAUGGUCUUGUAGCCCAUUCCAGCCUUGUGUAGGUCUACAAUCUUGUCCCUGACAUCCUUGGAGAGCUCUUUGGUCUUGGCCAUGGUGGAGAGUUUGGAAUCUGAUUGAUUGCUUCUGUGGACAGGUGUCUUUUAUAUAGGUAACAAACUGAGAUUAGGAGCACUCCCUUUAAGAAUGUGCUCCUAAUCUCAGCUCUUUACCUGUAUAAAAGACACCUGGGAGCCAGAAAUCUUUCUGAUUGAGAGGGGGUCAAAUACUUAUUUCCCUCAUUUAAAAUGCAAAUCAAUUUAUAACGUGCGUUUUUCCGGAUUUUUUGUUUUGUUAUUCUGUCUCAUCGUUCAAAUAAUACUACCAUUAAAAUUAUAGACUGAUCAUUUCUUUGUCAGUGAGCAAACAUACAAAAUCAGCAGGGGAUCAAAUGUUUUUUUUUUCUUCACUGUAGCUCUGGGCAAAAGUAUUAGGGAAUAGGGUGUCAUUUCAGACGCAGCCCCCAUGUCAUUUUAAACCACUGUUGGAAGUCCUUCCUCAUUCUGACUUCACCCUUUCCUGCUCUCCUUUUACAACUGAAAGUCCUGCCAUCCCAUCCCUCAACACUUUGAAGACCUAUACAAAAAGUACGCACAAAUGUGUUUGUAUUUAUGUUUGUAGAUGCUCUUCACCAAAUUGGCUUACCUGUGCGUGUCUUCCUGUGGUAUGUAUGUAAAUAGGCAGACCCAAGAACUGUUAAUGAGCAAAAACAACAAAAAUGAAUGAUAUAAAGAAGAAUACAAAAUAAAAAAUAAAAAAACAUUCAGGUUAAAAGUUAGUGUAGUCAAACUAGAUCAGCUUUGUUUUUUUCCUCCAGCCAUAUAGUUCAAUCUCAACUGUACAGUAGGUGCCAGCUGUAUCAUUGUAAGAAUAACCAGUAAUGUAUAGUGUAUAGGUUGGAGUGCCUUUACUUCCACUCAUUCUCUCCUCUCUUCCCCAUGUCCCCUCCCUCCAUGGUCCUACCUGGAGGUUCUGGUGUGAAAUUGCCCUUACGCACAGAUCUAGGAUCAGCUUGGCCUCCUGAAAUCCUAACCAUAGUGGGGAAAACGCAAAACUGACUCAAGACCAGCGUACAGGGCAACUUCACCCUAUUCCUUCCUGGGGUGCUGUUGACUUCCCCUUUCCACCUCUCUGAUCUUACAUGUACCACAAUUCACUGCAAUAGCCAGUUGUCACACAGACCACACUCAUCCCAUCACGUUUAUUUUUGUACGAUUGUCUGUGUCUUUGACUUUCUCAUUGUCUUUUUAAAGUGUCUGAGAAAAUCAUUCUCUUUCCAGGGAUGUUUGGGGUUUUAAAAUGUGUUUUUAUGGUUUUAUGAGAGAUGCGCAUACAACCCCACACGGUUCUGGGGGGGAAGUCUUUGUCGUAUUCAGUAUUACUUUCUCAGCUAUGGCAAUAAACAAUUUGUCUGUAGGAUUUGUGUCCACAUUCUCAACAGCACUCUGGGAGAGAUGCCAUGUAGCACCAAUCCUUCAUGUUUUUUAAUUUAAAAAAAUUAAGCAUAUUUGAAUGCUUGCUUGUAAUAUUUGCAUCCGUAAAUGUGUUGCUAUCCAAUCAUCUGGCCUGUAAAACGAACAAUGUUACCACUUGUGACUUUAAGGAUAACAUAUGUACAAAACAAUGUUUAAAAAAAAAAAAAAAAAAGUCUGGGUUAUCUUCAAUUUACAACAGAAAAAACUAUAUCAUUACUACUACUUGAAUGCCUCUGUGACUGAAAUUUUGAUUUCAUUUUGAAUAUAAACCUUUUGUUCUGUGAAGGUAUGCUUAAUGUCCCCUCUCCCUGUAAAUAUUUCUGUCUGUGACUUGGUUCAGAGAAAUAGUUACCUGGUACUGUAAUUUGCAUUAAAUAAACAGUAGAUUAGCCUGGAAAUGAA